UGACAUCACACCCAACAUGGCGUCCGCCCGGGUGUUGGAGAGGGAGGUCCAGGAGGAGCCGAAGACCGCAACCCUGGACUUCUGCCCCCACAAAUACUCCCUGCUGGCUGUCAUCGGACGGACGGCCCGCCACAGACAGACGGAGCACAUCCGGAAGGAGAUCGAGCGAGGUAUUCGGUCAUGGGACGUGGACCUAAAAUCCUGCAACCUGGAUCUCUUCCUGCAAGAGUUCCUCUCUCAUCACACGGCGUCUUUUAAAGGUGCAGGGCAGAAGUGUCUUCGCCACUGUACCAAAGUGUUGGACACACAAGUGCUGAUCAGUCCAUCUCAGGAACUGGCUCACUCAGAGGUGUUCGCCCUGCUGUCCAGAGAAUCUGCUCAUAAGCUGCUGAUCUUGGCUGGCCUGAGUGUGGAGGAAAGCGGAGAGCUGCUGUUUCACAGAGGACACUUUUCUCCUGACCACCUCAGACGAUUAAUAACAGAGCAGUUCCCAGAUCAGGAGAGCUCCACCUCCUGCCCCACCAAGAUCAAUUUGACCCUCAGUUGUCCCAACAUCGGACACUGGAGAAAGAUCCUCCUGGGAAAUCCACCCCUGCAGGGUCCCCUGGCGCUGCGAAUCAACCCCGCGGAGGUGCUGCCGGCCAUGGAGUCUCUGGGGGAAUUCACAUCACUCAUCUCUGGCACCAUCUGCCCCGCGUCCGCCUUCGACCUCCUGCCACCUCCCACCACCGUGGGGUUCCUCAAGCUGUCCCGCCCCUGCUGCUACGUGUUCCCCGCCGGGCGCGGCGACUGCGCUUUCUUCGCGGUCAACGGGUUCACCGUGCUGGUGGACGGAGGCUCUGACUCUCAGGCCUGUUUCUGGAAGCUGGUCCGCCACCUGGACAGAGUCGAUGCGGUUCUGUUGACCCACGUGGGCACAGAGAACCUCCCCGGUGCCGUUUCCUUCCUAGAAAGGAAGGUGGCUGAGAAGGAGCUGAGCCAUGAUGUUAAAGAUGACUUGUCAAAGAGGCUUAUCUCUCCAGAGCUAGGAGUUGUUUUCUUCAACGCCCCCAGCAGGUUGCAGGUGGAACAACAUUCUUUUGCAGACAAUGUGCUGAAGAGUACACAGCAGGCCGCCAUAACUUUACAGCUCUUGAAGAAGUUAGACAUCAGACCACAACCGCUAUUUCGGCCACAAGGAGUCCCCGUGAAGCCGCUCACCUUGUUUCAAAAGAUGGGAGUGGGACAGCUGGAUUUGUACAUACUCACACCAGGCAAGAGCAGCCAGGAAUAUGAGACGUUCAUACAGAACUGGCCUGACGGAGUCUCGUCACUGUCACAGAGUCUCCCUCUCACCGCGUUGGUCUCAGUCUCUGCCCUGCUCGUGUGGCAUCCAGCGUGUCCACAAGAGAAGGUGGUCAGAGUGCUGUUCCCUGGCGCAACUCCACAGGCAAAACUGCUGCAGGGGCUGGAGAAGCUCAAAGGAUUGGACUUCCUUCAGAAGCCAACAGUAACUACCGGAGACCUCGAAAGACAGGGGGAGGACAGGAAGGCCAAGAGGACAGAGAGCGUGGACAGUAGCCGGUCAAUAGGGAAAGAGGGAACAGCCAAGCAAGGGAAAGAACGAGGAGCUAGAGAAGAAGGAAAGGAUUCAUUAGUGAAAGAAAAGAUAAAGACAUUAAGUGGAACUAAAGAUACUGAUAAAGCUAAAAUCAAGGAGGUGGGCAUAAAACGUAAACCAUCACUAUCAGAGAAGAAUACUUUAAAGAAAGGGUUAGGGAAGGAUGGAAAAAAAGAGGAGAAGACUGGCAAUAAAGAGGAAAACAGUGUUAAAAGGACUGAACAGAUAAAAAGAGAAGGAAUCCCAUUUAAAACCAAGAAGGAUAAUAAAACAAAACCAAAAAAGGAUGCAAGAAAUGACAAAACAGGAGAGAAGAAAUCUCAAAAGUCAUCAGCAAAUGAAGCAAUCAAUGACAAGAAAGUUCAUGCAAAUAAUAACAGAACAGAACAAAAACGAGGGUCUUUGUCAAAAAUCCCAGAGCCAGAUUGCCCUGGUACUGAUGAUCGAGAUCACAAGAAGGAGACUGAAGCUCAGGAGAAGCAGCACGGCUCCAAGAUGUCCACCCCGGAGGACAUGACGGCUGAUUUUCUCAAGCUCAAGGAGGAAAGCGAACUGGAAGCAGCCCAAUUGGAAACUGCAGCCUUUUGUGAAGAUGCAUGCAAUAAGGCUGGUGAAAGGUUUGUACAGGAAGCAGCAGGGGAUUUGGAAAUAACAAAAGUGGAGUGUGGUGACAGUUUAGUGCAAAAUAUCCCUGGGAGGAGUGGGAAAGCAGAAGCAGACAGCCAACAAAACCAUCCAGAUGAGUCUGUCAAAUCUAGUAAACAUGCAAAGGUUGUAGGAUUCCCAUCUCCUUUAAACAAAUCUUACAAAAAUGAUCACACAGUCCAGCAGGACACAACCCCAACCGAGUACACACUGCUGGAUGGGGCUUUGAAGCACUCCCCUCCCUCGCGCUCCUCUCCGGAAAACCAGGCCCCCAACAGUACUGAGGAGGAGACAGUAGAGCCAGUGUCCCCUGACUCACGUCCCAACAGUGCAGGCCACACUCCCUACUGCCUGUCCCCAGACGACAUGUGGUGCAACAGAGCCACGCUGAGCCGACUUCAAGCCCUCCACUCAGCUGAUGCUCACGAGGCAAAAGGGUCAUCUGGCCAAAGCGAGGAGGAGGUUAGCAAGACCAAAAGUGCUAGUGAAAACCGCAAAGAGAAGCAUCUAAGUUUUCUUUCUUUGGGCACAUGUAAAGAGGGUUCUUCGGAUCCUUCGCCGUCUGUAGCCACAACCACCACCACCACGCACUCAUUACCAGCGGAGGUGAGCUCGCCUCAGUCAACAGAAGUAGAUGAAUCUUUGUCAAUGUCCUUUGAACAGGGACCGAGCGCUGGAAGCCAGAGAGAAGGAGAUGAUGGUGUUUAUCUCUCCCACUCUAAUGGAGGGUAUUAUGUGGGAAUGUCUUUGCCAAUGAAGAAGCCUCCCAGAUCUUUGGGUCAGAGUUCAGAGAUGGGGCGACCUGAUGCACCAAACCCUUUCCAUUUUGAUGCAUCGGCUGAAGACGUGGACCUUUGUUUGGUUUCUCCUUGUGAGUUCAAGCAUUUCAAACCCCCUGACUCAAGCUCAGGCACCACCUCCAGAGAAGUCAGCGGCCCAAAUUACCAUGGCAACAACAAUAACAACCCAAAGGACAGGUCACCUAGUGAGUCAAAUGCCCCUGUCUGCACAGAGGACUGCCCGUCCACCACAGCAGAUGGAGUUUUGGAUUCGGACUCUGAUGAUUCAUGUAGUGACCCGUCCAACUCCCCCUGUAACCACGACAUGAGUCAGACUUUGCCCCCAGAUCCUCUGCCAGCCCCUCUCAGAGACAGUCCACCGCUGCCUCCCCAUCCUGACACCUCCAUGCCAGUUCCUCAGUCUGACUCUGAAGCUCACGGGAAGAGAGCAAAAAACACUGCAACCCGGGGAAAGAAGUUUCCAGGGGUGAGCCCCAAUUCCAGUGUCAAUUAUUGCACAGGUUCUAAAGGGUUUUCUUCUGAGAAUCACCUGCAUUUACCUUCAUCAAGUCUGACCAGCUUCCCUGUGCCUGCAGAAAGGAUCCUCAACGCAGGACGCUAUCCUUCAUACAGCAUUAUCGAUGCCCCCCAAAAACCAGGCUCAGGGAAAAUCAAAACAGGGGGCCAAAGUGGAGCCACCAAAGGGAAUCUCUCCAGCGCUCGAACGCUUUCCUCCAGCACUCGCUCUGCACCAGCAAAAUCAUCACCAGCUCCUAACUCUAAGGCUCCCUCUGCUGGUGAAGUCAGUAUUUAUGUGGACUUGACUUAUAUUCCAUCUGGAGCCUCCUCUCCCACAGUCACUGUGGACUUCUUCAGGUGUAUCCGCUCCUCCUGCUACAUCAUCAGCGGAAACAGUCCGGAGCGAGAGGAACGAAUGAGACAAACUCUGGAUGCUAUGCUGGAUGGCAAGGGAUCCUGGCCAGAAAUCAUGCAGGUGACGGUGAUCCCCACCUUUGAGUCGGUGUCGAUGCAGGAGUGGUACCAGCAAACCCUGGACAGGCAGCGGGAGCUGAACAUCACUGUGUUGGGCUCAAACAGCACUGUCGCCAUGCAAGAAGAGACUUUUCCUGCCUGCAAGAUCGAAUUCUGAGAUGCAGAAUACGAAACGGCUGAUGGAUGGAUAUUUCAAUGUAAGAUUAAAAACCUGUGAACUGGGGGCUUGGUAGAAAUAGAAACAGAUGUAAUGGGUAUAUGCCCUCCCCCUUUGCAUGUAAGUGGUAAAUAUCCGCUUUAUGGGCUUCUUUUUGCAGCUGAAAACUGAAAAAAAGGAUUAUUUUGACCAAUGACCCUGUUCAAAACAGGAGAGGAGACUAAACCUACUGCGAAGGAUGCAUGUCGCUCUCCGCACACAGACGGUCUCAUGAGAGCUGUUACUGUAGAUUACAAUUUGGAAAUCUGCUUUACAGUUUGCAGCAUCUGAAUCCACAAAAAAAAAAAAAAAAUGAAAACA